ACGCCAACAAGCACGAAACGGGACGUUUGCCGGGGCCAGACCCCAAUGGCCACCCCAGCGUCGAGUCGUUCAGGGAGGCUUGCGCUUCAGCUGGGGUGCUUGCGCAACGCUGGCCCUGCCGGGCGGCGCGCUACGGCGCCCAAGGCGGAAAUCUUCUCGAAACGCGCCAAACUCGGAGAUCAGGGAGACGGGGUUUCGAGGGAGCAGGGAGAGACGAGGCCGAUUGAUGGGCGCAACUAAGGGCCGGCCGCCCACCACUUAUUAAUAAUCGCGUCCAGGAACGCUUCCAAGACGAGCGAUCAGACCUCAGAAGUGCCUGCAGAGGUAUCGAGGAUGCCCGUUCCGGCUCGGUGCAGCUGCGGGUCGCGUUUCAUCCGUCGAAAAGCCGCAAAGGGCUGCGUGUCUUGCAGGCGGACGGGGCGAGUGGUUGGCGGCUCCACGGGUUGAUUGCUGACGGCGCGGAUGGCAGGGAAAUGUCAGGCCAUUUCGGUGGCAGCGAGGUGAAGAUGUGCAGCAAAGUCACCGUUGAG